GGCGAGCCCAGCUCCGCAGCCGCCAGCGCCAAGUUUGGCCGCGCCGCCGCCACCGCCGCCCGCACCAUGUCCGCGGCCGGCUACAUGGACUUCGUGGCUGCCCAGUGUCUGGUGUCCAUCUCGAACCGCGCCGCCGGGCCGGAGCACGGGGGAGGCGCCCCGGACAGCGAGCGGCUGCGGCGACCCGAGCGCGAGAUGGUGACCAAGGAGCACGGCGAGCCGGGGGACACCUGGAAGGACUACUGCACACUCGUCACCAUCGCCAAGAGCUUGCUGGACCUGAACAAGUACCGACCCAUCCAGACCCCCUCGGUGUGCAGCGACAGCCUGGAGAGCCCCGACGAGGACAUGGGAUCCGACAGCGACGUGACCACCGAAUCUGGGUCGAGUCCUUCCCACAGCCCCGAGGAGAGACAGGAGCCUGGCGGCGCGCCCAGCCCGCUCUCCCUCCUCCACCCCGGAGUGGCGGCGAAGGGAAAACACGCCUGCGAGAAGAGGCACAAGUGCCCCUACAGCGGCUGCGGGAAAGUCUACGGGAAGUCCUCCCAUCUCAAAGCCCACUACCGAGUGCACACAGGCGAGCGGCCCUUCCCCUGCACGUGGCCAGACUGCCUUAAAAAGUUCUCCCGCUCGGACGAGCUGACCCGUCACUACCGGACCCACACCGGCGAGAAGCAGUUCCGCUGCCCGCUGUGCGAGAAGCGCUUCAUGCGCAGCGACCACCUCACCAAGCACGCCCGGCGCCACACCGAGUUCCACCCCAGCAUGAUCAAGAGGUCGAAAAAGGCGCUGGCCAGCCCGUUGUGAGGCGCCCCCGACCGCGUCCGACCCCCUUCCCGACCCCGCGCGGCCGC